GUUUGUUUUUUUGCGGGGAAGGCAUUGUUUAUUUGUCUGUAAAAGGUUCUGGAGGUUCAGAGGUGUUCCGAACUCUCGAAGGGGAACGGGAGGAUGCGCUCCUGCUCGUCGCCACUGCUCACAGGGGCUCUGCAUCCCCACCGCCCCACUGUCACCCAAGUGGAACUGUUCGGCCGCGCUGUUCGAGUUGAAUCUACUAAAGAUAGACCGUUGGUUUAGGGGUUUACGGGGUAAAGUUGAUUGCUUCCAGUAAACAAUGCGUGUCUCGCCAGGGGUAGUGUCCUUGAAAAGCAGCUGACAGAUGGAAGAUGCUAGCUUGUGCUGGAAGUUCCCCUCAAAAUCUGUAACUAAACACCUUGGACAUCAGGAGAAGCUCUUAACGCUAGGAAGAGUCCUGGCGUUCGCCUGUGCUGGGGAGCAUACUGCGGUAAUGUGUCACAAGUCGGCACUCUGGCAAGAGAACUCAGAUUAAUGGUACACAUUCUAGGAACCAGUCUUGUUAUAAUGCUAAAUCCUACACCUACUAGAAAGCCCCUACCGAAAUACGCUCCUCACCCGCUGAGCAUGCACACUGAACUUAAAAAGAAGCUGUGUCUUUAAGGUAAAGCAAGACAAACUAACCAAUGUCUGAACUGUAAGUGUUGACAUGAGGUGUGACUGAGCCGUGUUACCGUGAAACACCCGCUGUGAAGUUCAGCUGGCGUACCGGCUGUGCAGGGUACCUCCAGCGCCCGAACUCGCACAACGUUCUAAGAAGUCGAUGUUUCCGUUCGGGGUAUGAGAGUGCCUUGUGGCACACCGAGGGAGCGAACACGGGUUUCGGCCGCGGGGAGGGGGAACUACAAGUCCCGGGAGGCUGCGGUGGCAGCGCGGCUGCGCGGAGCUGGUGCCGGAGGCGGCGGGAAGCGCGGCGCGGAGGUGAGGGCUGCCCCGGGUUUCGCCCUCUGCCGCUGCCGUUUGUGAGCGGGGCUGCGGCUGGCGGAGGCGGCCACGGCGGCGGGAAGCGCGGCGCGGAGGGGGAAAAUAUGGUAAGGUGCAGACUCUUCCUGACAGAAGAAAGAAAACUCUUAACUACAUGAAAUGCUUCCUGUCAGAAUGAAAUUCUUACAGCUGCUGUCCCGGAAAGCAGAGAAACUGGAAAUGCUCUUUCAAAUACCUUUUUACCAAAACCAGCUCCCACAUGUAUGUCUGGCUACCUCCACCUGCCUUUAUAGUAAGAAGAAAAAAAACAACAGUUACGAACAUGUGGACCAAGAGAAAUACAAGAACUUGGUUUACUCUGUUACUUCUCACAAAACCAGCGCCCAGACGCCAGAGACGAUACUUGAAGAAGAUAAUUUGUUAUAUGGGCCACCAGAUAAACACAGCCUUCAAGUUAAAGCUGAAACUAGACUUCCCAAGAACUGGGUUCCUUUAGUAAACCCCAACAAGAGGAUUUCCCAUCUCAGCAGUGAUUCAAACCUGCCCAUGAAAAUUGCCUUGCAAAGGACAAAAGUGCCCAGCGUUACUCGCAUUCUCCAACAGACCAUUUCUCCCCUGCAAGCCUUUUAUCUGGAAAGAUGGAAGCAGAAAAUGAUACUGGAGCUUGGAAAAGAUGGUUUUGCAGAGUAUACUAAAAAGCUUUUCCUCCAAGGAGAGCUUUUUCAUGCGGCUUUGGAAUCAAUAUUCUUGUCUGAAGAGACAACUACUAAGGAGCAGAGAGAAAAUGCUGUGAUAUCCGGCUACUUAUCCAGCGUGGAGCAUGUCUUAGAAGAUAUUGACGAGGUGAAAGCUCUGGAAAGCGCUGUUCAGCAUGAGAGUCUUCAGUAUCUGGGCCUGGUGGACUGUGUGGCUAAGUAUCGAGGCCAAUUGUGUGUGAUUGACUGGAAAACUUCAGAGAAACCAAAGCCAUUUCUGAAGGAUACUUUUGACAACCCACUUCAGGUUGCAGCAUACAUUGGAGCCAUAAACCAUGAUGCUAAUUAUGACUUCCAGGUUAGAUGUGGACUCAUCGUGGUUGCCUACAAGGAUGGCUCCCCUGCUCAUCCACAUUUCAUGGGUCCUGAUCUGUGCUCCCAGUACUGGAAGAAGUGGCUUUUGCGCCUUGAAGAAUACAUGGACAAAAACUGAUGCCAGCUAAACUGUGCAGAGGCAAGUGGUCUCAGCACAGACCCAAAGCAAGAACCCUUUGUGAAAUCCACCAUUUUAAUACAUAGUAUUUUUUACUAACUUUGUCUUAAUUCUUAAUAUAAAGUUUCUAUCCCCACCCCCUAAAAAAACCCAAACAAAAUCAAACAAGGAAGUUUGGAGCAGGGAGUGUGUGUUUGCUUUCAUUGUAGGUGAUUAAGUGGACCAGGCAGAACAACUUGCCUCUGUUUUUCCCCAUACAGUUUAUGCAACCUGAGAUUGAAAGAAAAGUUUCUGUUGUGAAGUAAAAUAAUUCAAUCAAA